AUGUACCAAGAAGCCGCACUUCUCUUAGCUCUACUCUGCGUUUCUUCGAACGUCGUCGUAUCGGCUCCGAUCCGCAAUGGUUUAUUACCAAACGGAAAUUUCGAGAUGGGUCCUAAACCGUCCCAAUUGAAAGGAUCUAUUGUUAAGGGACGAACCGCAGUACCUAACUGGGAUAUAACCGGUUUCGUGGAGUACAUCAAAGCCGGUCAGAAACAAGACGACAUGGUUUUGGUCGUACCGGAGGGCUCCUCGGCCAUUCGAUUAGGCAACGAGGCCUCAAUCUCUCAGAAAAUCACUGUCCAGUCCGGCCGUCUAUACUCGAUCACGUUCAGCGCCGCUCGUACCUGCGCUCAGGACGAGCGGCUCAACAUUUCCGUCACGCAUGAGUCUGGUGUCAUUCCUAUACAGACCAUGUACGGUAGUGAUGGUUGGGACUCAUACUCAUGGGCUUUUAAAGCCGGUGGUCCCGAAAUCGAAAUCCGGAUCCAUAACCCGGGUCACGAAGAGGACCCGGCUUGUGGACCGUUGAUCGACGCCAUCGCUAUUAAAGCUCUGUAUCCUCCAAGAUUCUCCGGAUAUAAUCUGAUCAAGAACGGGAAUUUUGAAGAAGGACCUUACGUGUUCCCCAAGGCAAAAUGGGGAGUGUUGAUUCCACCGUUCAUCGAGGACGAUAACAGUCCUUUGCCUGGUUGGAUCAUCGAGUCCCUCAAAGCGGUUAAGUACGUCGACAAGGCGCAUUUCGCUGUUCCCGAAGGACAGCGAGCCAUCGAGCUUGUUGGAGGCAAAGAGAGUGCAAUUUCUCAGAUCGUGAGGACGACACUGAACCAAUUCUACGCCCUAACUUUCAACGUGGGAGACGCCGGAGACGCUUGCGAGGGACCGAUGAUAGUGGAGGCGUUCGCUGGCCGGAGCAAGAUCAUGGUGGAUUACGCGUCUAAGGGUAAAGGCGGGUUUAAACAGGGGAGGCUUGUGUUCAAGGCGGUCUCGGUGAGGACACGUGUCACUUUCUUGAGCACGUUUUAUCAUAUGAAGAGUGAUCACUCUGGUUCGUUAUGUGGUCCGGUGAUCGAUGACGUCAGGCUGGUCGCGGUUCGGAAACUCCGAGUAUGA